UGCCCUUUGCUCCCCUACUAUAUAUCCUCCGCCGAAACAAACAAGGAUAUACUAAGCGGACAAGCCUACUAAAUCCUCCACAAGACGAGGAGUCCAUAUCUUCUCCCACUCUCAUCCGCUUUGGCGUGAGGGAGGCAAAAAAAAUCCACCAUCCACGAAAAGGAAGGAAGAAACGCAAAGCGAGCCAGUACGUUCUCUCUCAUCUCCAGCUUCUUGGCCAACAAACUUUGUCUGGGCGCGCGUCCAAAUAGCAAGAAAGACAACCUUUGGAGCUAGCUCAUGGGUGUUCUUUAUAGGCUCUCGGUUCCCCUUGCAUGGACAUCAAGCAGUGGUACAAGCAAUUUGCAUUCAGCUACUAUAACCUUAUAAUGGAUUGUUUGAGGGAGACAGAAGGUAAAAGAGUCCACGAUCCCUCCUUCAAUCUCUUUCACCAUCAUCAUCCUAACGAUCAUUACUGUAAGGCUAUGAGAGCUGCCGCGGUUUGCAAGGCUGAGAGGUGUAUUUGGGUCCCGGGACCCGUCAUCGUAGGUGCAGGACCAUCGGGACUCGCCGUGGCCGCAUGCCUCAAAGAGAAGGGAGUCCCGAGCGUGGUCCUCGAGAGGUCUCACUGCAUCGCCUCGCUAUGGCAGCUCAAGACUUACGAUCGCCUCCGCCUCCACCUCCCGAAGCAGUACUGCGAGCUGCCUCUCAUGGCAUUCCCUUCAUGCUUCCCCACAUACCCCACCAAGGAAGAGUUCGUGGCCUACCUCGAGGCUUACGCGAGGCAGUUCGACAUCCGGCCCCUGUUUAAUCACACGGCGGUCGGCGCUGGUUAUGAUGAACGAAUUGGAAUGUGGAGGGUGAGGACCGUGGCGCGCCAGGAUGAAGGAGCGGAGUAUGUCAGCCCGUGGCUGGUCGUUUCGACGGGGGAGAAUGCAGAGGCUGUGGUGCCCACCAUCGACGGCAUGGAGGACUUCGAGGGCCCUAUCGUGCACACAAGCUUAUAUAAGAAUGGCGACAUGUUCAAGGGGAAGAAGGUCCUCGUGAUCGGAUGCGGCAACUCCGGCAUGGAAGUCAGCUUGGACCUCUGCAACCACAAGGCUUGCUCUUAUAUCGUUGUAAGAGAUUCAGUCCACAUUUUGCCCAGGGAUAUACUGGGCCUGUCCACUUUUGGGCUCUCCAUGUGGCUUCUAAAGUGGCUCCCCAUGCGGACGGUCGACCACCUUUUGUUGCUCGCCUCUCGGAUCAUGCUCGGUGACACAGCCCGGCUUGGCCUUACUCGACCCCUCCUUGGCCCCCUCGAGCUCAAGUCACUCUCCGGCAAGACCCCGGUCCUCGAUAUCGGGGCACUAGCCAAGAUCAAGUCUGGUGAUAUCAAGGUUCGCCCAGAAAUAAGGCGAUUGACAGUACAUGGAGCAGAAUUUGUGGAUGGGAGAUCGGAGGACUUCGAUGCUAUCAUCCUCGCCACUGGCUACAAAAGCAACGUACCCUCUUGGCUAAAGGAGGGUGAGUUCUUCUCAGAGAAAGAUGGGCUGCCAAGGAAACCAUUCCCCAAUGGUUGGAAGGCGGAGCAAGGCCUCUACGCGGCAGGGCUCACGAGACGGGGGUUGAUGGGGGUGUCGAUGGAUGCGAGGAGGAUAGCUCAUGACAUCGAGCUAAGCUGGAAGGCCGGGGCAGCACAACCAAUGACCUUCUGAGUCCCACAGGCAUAGCUUAAACUUUGACAUCAAGAGGGUUGCAAAACGACCCAAAUAGCAGUCCAGUUGUUCUCUCUCCACCCAAAUCUUCGUAUAUUAUUGCCAUUUUCCUGAUGGGGUUGAUGACUGACAGAGAGGGUAGCUGAGCUAUGUUUUGACUCUUGCUUGAUUGCUGAGUGGUGAUGUACCAUAUAGGUUAGGUGUCUGAUGGCUAGGAUGAGAAGCAAGUAUGACCCCUUUUCUGUUCAUGUUGUUAUAGAUUAGAUGAUUUGGUUGAUUUCCCGAUCACGUACUAGAUAAUUUGAGGCUACGUACCUUUACUAUCUAUCAAU